AUGUUAGGUCAUACUCCAAUAAUCCACUUCAUCUUCUUGUUCUUCUCACUCUCUUUUUUCCAUGGUUUUAUAGCAACCAUUGGCAGCAAGGAAAUCACUGAAACACAAGAAUAUUCAUUCAAACUAAAGACAAACCCUUUCAGCCCCAAAGCCUCACUCAUUCGUCAUUGGAACACAAGAAUCUCUAACAACCUUCCAAAUUCAAUCCCUAAUUUCUUUCUCUCUAAAGCUUCCCCUCUCACACCACAACACUACGCCAACUUAGUAAAUCUCCUUAAACAAAAGCCCUUAUCUGCAAAUUUCCAUAAUUCCCUCUGCUCCACACCAUACUUAUUCUGCUCCUUCGACCACCCAAACCAAUAUUACCAAUCCAAAAAAAACACCAAAGAUGAUGCCAACUUCGCAGUCUACUCAAACAAAAAAUUCGCAGCUUAUGGAUAUCUUCUGAAAUAUGUGCAUACAGAAACACAGCGCAUAUUGCGGUCACUGUAA